CAUUAUUUCUUGGAACGACACGGAAGAUCAUCAACCACAUGGAAGAUAAAAAAUUUAAUUUCUUGUAAAUUACUGAAAAUAAAUUUUUAUUGAGAACGAGUAAUUAAAAAAAAAUUAAAAAAUGUAUUCGUCCUCGAGAAUUUCACGUGAGAGACAAUAUGCCCGUAGCUUGUUCAGUGAUAAAUUAGAAGAAAUUCCAAGUUAUAAUGUUCCAAAGGAACUUGUGGAAGUAUUAAAAAAUCUUUUAAAACCAAAUAUGAUGAAAACCAAUGAUAAAUUUUGGACAUGUUUCAUCAAAAAGUUGCCUGAAAUAAAUGAUAUUGACGAAUGUGAUUUCUUUGAAAUGUUUAAAAAACUUCUAUAUUUAGAAGAAUGUUAUAGUAAUGAUUCUUUGGAUAAUAAUUUAAAGAAAAAAAAUAUUAGAAUUAGUGGUGCAAACAAAGAUGGUCAUUUUACGAUAUGUUUGAAUAAAAAUGAUGACGAUGAUCUUUCAUUUUUAAAAGAAGGAAAUAAUGUAGAUGUUCAAAAAAUAGAAACACGUUUUAAAAUUGUGCAGAAACAUUCAUUUGAAAUUAUUAAAGUAUCACCGAGAGCUAUUAUUUUGGAAGCCCUUAAUUAUUAUACAUUCAAAAAACAACACACUCUAAAUGACGUUUAUUUUAUGGAACUCGAUUACUCCAAUUGGCCAAUUAGAGUUUGUCAAUUUGCAUUGGAAUUAUUAUUCAAUAGUAAUGGAUCAUUGAAUUCGUUUUUUCUUUAUAAUGAUUUAUUAGCAAUUAAAUCAGAGGUUCAUAUCAUAAAAUGGUUUAAUGAGACUGUGGCAAAAAAUCCCGAACAAAUUCAAGCAGUUAAAAGAAUUGUUGGACGGUCAUCGUAUCCGUCGCCUUAUUUAGUUUUUGGUCCACCGGGAACGGGAAAAACUGCCACAAUUGUCGAAGCAGUUUGUCAAAUAAAUAAAAGGGGCAAUAAUGUUUUAAUUUGUACUCCAUCAAAUGCUGCGGCUGAUGAAAUAACAAGGAGACUAUUGAAAUAUAAAAUACCUGAUGACGAUAUUUAUCGUAUGACUAGUAAAUCAGUCGAAAGAAAAAAUAUACCUAAUGAUGUCAAAAUUUGCAUGAAUUUUGAACGUGGAGGAAUUGAAUAUCUUCAUAGUUCGGAAAUUAAAUUUAAAAAAAUAGUUAUUGCAACGCUUGUUUCAAGCGCAAGAUUUUUGCGACUGGGCACAUUAAAUCAUUAUUUUAAUUAUAUUUUUAUUGAUGAAGCAGGACAAGCAACAAAACCGGAAACAAUGAUUCCAUUUGCCAUUACUAAAAAAAAUUUUGAUUGUCAAAUUGUUAUGUCUGGAGAUCCAAAACAAUUGGGACCGGUUGUUAUGACUAAACAUGGAGAACACUUGUUAGAAUUUCCAAAUUUUAUAACAAAACUCGUGCAAAAUUAUCGAAGUCACGAGACAAUACUUCGAUUGCCAAACGAUAUGUUCUAUGAUGGUGAAUUAGUUGCAUGCGCCGGGGAAAAUGUUAAAAUAGCCGAAAAUUGGACUAUUUUACCGAAAAAGAAAUUUCCCAUUAUUUUUCACGCAGUACACGGAUACGAAGAGAUAAAUUCAUUACACAGCGUCGCAAAUGAAGAAGAGGCAAAAAUUGUCAUUAAAUAUGUUGAAAAAUUACUCGAUGAUGGAUUUAAUGGUGUUGAAAUUAAUGAUAACAAUAUCGGUAUCGUGACACCAUUUAGAUCACAAACAAGCUUAAUUACAGAAAUUCUCAAUCAAAAAGAAUUAUUCAAUAUUGCUGUUGGAACUGUUGAAAGUUUUCAAGGUCAAGAAAAGGAUAUAAUCAUUGUUUCACUUGUUAGAUCUGCAGUCUUUAAACAUGAAGGAAAAUAUCACGUGGGAUUUUUGUCUGAUGAAAAGCGAUUCAAUGUCACAAUUACAAGAGCAAAAUCUUUAUUAAUUGUUAUUGGUCAUCCAAAAGUAUUACAAAUCGAUAAUUGUUGGCGAGCAUUUAUAAAAUAUUGUAAAAAUAAUGAUGCCUGUUGUGGCGAUAAUUUUGAAAUAACAGAUUCUUUAUCUGAAUGCGAAUUAAAAAUUCUUCUUAAUAACAGAAUUGAAGAGAAAAAAUCAAAAAAACAAAAAAAUAGUAAAUUACAAGAAGAUUUUACUUUAAAUAAGAUUGAGCAAAAAAAAGAAUUUCUUCAAAUACCCAAAUUCAAGUUUCAAAAUAGUAAUUUACAAAAAGAUUUUACUUUAAAUAAGAUUGAGCAAAAAAAAGAAUUUCUUCAAAUACCCAAAUUCAAGUUUCUUGGUUCAGAACUGAAACCCUUGUAGUUUUUAAGA